AUCCACUCUGGAUGAUUGUGAAAAUUUGGUCAUCCCAGAGAAACUAUGUAAAAUGGACAAGUUCCUAGAGGUGCCGGGGCUCCCAGAAGCUUUUCCUAUACCCAAGCGGGUGGCGGACAUUGUUAAUAAAGAAUGGGAAAGGCCCGGUAUUCCUUUCGUCCCUCCCCCCAUAUUUAAAAAAUUGUUUCCUAUGGUCGACCCCAGAAAGGACUUAUGGCAGUCAGUCCCCAAGGUCGAGGGAGCGGUUUCUACUUUAAACAAACGCACCACUAUACCCAUAGAGGAUAGUUGUGCUUUCAAAGAUCCUAUGGAUAAAAAAUUAGAAGGUUUGCUCAAAAAGAUGUUUGUUCAGCAGGGUUACCUUCUACAACCCAUUUCAUGCAUUGUCCCUGUCACUACAGCUGCAUAUUUCUGGUUUGAUGAACUGAUAAAGGUGCUCGAUAGUGAUUCUCCUCCUUAUGAGGAGAUUAUGGACAGAAUCAAUGCUCUCAAAUUGGCUAAUGCUUUCACUCUAGACGCCACUUUGCAAUUGGCUAGGUUAGCGGCUAAGAAUUCUGGGUUUGCUAUUGUGGCGCGCAGAGCGCUUUGGUUGAAAUCUUGGUCGGCUGAUGCGUCUUCCAAGAACAAGCUACUAAACAUUCCUUUCAAGGGGAAAACGCUGUUUGGUCCCGACUUGAAAGAGAUUAUCUCUGAUAUCACUGGGGGUAAGGGCCACGCCCUUCCUCAGGAUCGGCCGUUCAAGGCAAAAAAUAGACCUAAUUUUCGUCCCUUUCGUAAAAACGGACCAGCCCAAAGUGCUACGUCCUCUAAGCAAGAGGGUAAUACUUCUCAGGCCAAGCCAGCUUGGAGACCAAUGCAAGGCUGGAACAAGGGAAAGCAGGCCAAGAAACCUGCCACUGCUACCAAGACAGCAUGAAAUAUUGGCCCCCGAUCCGGGACCGGAUCUGGUGGGGGGCAGACUCUCUCUCUUCGCUCAGGCUUGGGCAAGAGAUGUUCUGGAUCCUUGGGCGCUAGAAAUAGUCUCCCAGGGUUAUCUUCUGGAAUUCAAGGGACUUCCCCCAAGGGGGAGGUUCCACAGGUCUCAGUUGUCUUCAGACCACAUAAAAAGACAGGCGUUCUUACAUUGUGUAGAAGACCUGUUAAAAAUGGGAGUGAUUCAUCCUGUUCCAUUAAGAGAACAAGGGAUGGGGUUCUACUCCAAUCUGUUCAUAGUUCCCAAAAAAGAGGGAACGUUCAGACCAAUCUUAGAUCUCAAGAUCUUAAACAAAUUUCUCAAGGUCCCAUCGUUCAAGAUGGAAACCAUUCGAACUAUCCUUCCUUCCAUCCAGGAAGGUCAUUCAUGACCACGGUGGAUUUAAAG